AACAGGUAACUGGACUGCAAUCGACCCGGAAAUAGUAUUUGGAUCCAACCCGACCCGGUAUAUAUGGUCCGCGGGUGUGCCCUUAAACCCUCAAAAACCUACUUUGAUUUCUGUUCGCCCACCUCGUCCGCCCCAGCCCUCAUUUUCUCUCAUGCUGCUUCUCUCAACUCCCUAAAUCUCGAAAAGAUUCGAUCAACGGAAAAUGCUCAAGGUUCACAGGAUCAACUCGGUGGAGUGGAAUCCGUCGCCCGUCGUAGCCCUAGCCACCAGCGCCGACAGCUCACAGGUCGCCGCCGCCCGCGCCGACGGCUCGCUCGAGAUUUGGCUCGUCUCUCCCGGCUCCGUUGGCUGGCACUGUCAGCUUACAAUACACGGGGACCCUAAUUCUAGAGUGUCUUCGCUGGUGUGGUGUCAGUCCGGGCCGAGGGGUGGACCGUUGGGCCGAUUGUUGUCUUCCAGUAUCGAUGGGUCCAUUUCCGAGUGGGAUUUGUUCGAUUUGAAACAAAAGGAGGUUCUAGGUUCAAUUGGUGUCUCGAUUUGGCAAAUUGCUGCAGAGCCAUGCAAUGACUUGCAUCAAAAUGGGAGGCAGGAAACAAAAUCUUAUCAGAAUGGCCACACUAGCCCUUCAAUUACCAGUGAUGUUGAUGAUGAGGAGAAUAGUGAAAGUGAAGAUGAAAAUGAUAAUAAACAUGCAGUGCUGGUUCAUGAGCAAAAUGACGCCGAAAGUACCCGGCUAGCAGCUGCUUGCGAUGAUGGCUGUGUCCGAAUCUAUAGUGUUUCUGAUGCAGAAGAACUCAUUUAUAAUAGAACGCUGCCUAGGGUCAGUGGGCGCACACUUAGUGUAACCUGGAGUUCAGAUGGAAAUAGGAUUUAUUCAGGGAGUAGUGACGGGUUCAUAAGAUGUUGGGAUGUUAAGUUGGCUCGGGAGAUCUACAGAAUAACUGUUGGUCAUGGAUGCUUGGCUGGUGGAAAUGAUCUUUGCAUAUGGUCAUUACUUGCAUUGAGGUGUGGGACAAUAGCCAGUGGGGAUAGUUCUGGUAGUGUGAAGUUCUGGGAUGGUCAAUUUGGAACACUUUUGCAUGCACAUUCAAAUCACAAGGGUGAUGUAAAUGCUUUAACUGCAGCUCCCAGCCAUAACAGAGUAUUUUCUGCUGGUUCUGAUGGUCAGAUCGUACUGUAUAAACUUUCUACUGAGGCUGUUGAUUCUGGUGAUGAAAAAUUUGUCCCAGCUAUCAAGAAAUGGAUCUAUGUUGGCUAUGUGAGAGCUCAUACACAUGAUGUAAGGGCGUUGACCUUAGCUGUACCUAUCAGUCAUGAAGAUCUACCUCCUGAUGAAAAGGUAAAGAGGUCACGAGGUCCAGAUAAGCCCCUCGACUUCAGUUACCAUAAAUGGGCUCAUUUGGGUGUGCCCAUGCUUAUCUCAGCAGGCGAUGACACUAAACUUUUUGCAUAUUCUGUAAAAGAAUUUACUAAGUUUUCUCCUCAUGACAUAUGCCCUGCACCGCAAAGAAUGCCAAUGCAACUUGUUCUUAAAACACUUUUCAAUCAGACUCCAUUGCUAUUGAUUCAGUCUGCACAUUUCUUAGACAUCUUUUGUGUGCGAUUGAAAAAUGGCGGUGUAACUGAUAUCAGUCCUAGCUCAUCUGCUGGGUCUGCAAGUACUGAUUUAGUGGCUAGAAUCAAAUGCAAGGAUUCUCGGAAGAUCAUCUGCAGUACAAUCUCUUCAUCAGGAGCGCUAUUUGCCUACUCGGAUCAUGUAAAACCUAAUUUAUUUGAGUUGAAAAGAAACAAAUCAGGCAACAGUUGGUCUGUGAAGAAAAGGCAGCUCCCUCAGGGAUUACCUUUUGCCCAUUUCAUGGUUUUCAGCUCUGAUUCUUCGAGAUUAAUAUUAGCUGGGCAGGACAGAAGGAUAUAUGUUGUAGAUGUUGGAAGCCAGGAGCUCCUUCAUGCUUUCACUCCUUGCCGGAAAGACAGUGUUGAUGGUUUACCUCCUAGUGAACCUCCCAUUACAAAAAUGUUCACAAGUAAUGAUGGGCAGUGGUUAGCUGCUGUCAACUGCUAUGGAGAUGUCUAUAUUUUCAAUCUUGAAACACUAAGGCAACACUGGUUCAUAUCAAGAUUGGAUGGUGCUUCGGUUACUGCUGGUGGAUUUACUCCUAAAAAUAGCAACAUCCUCAUCAUCUCCACCUCUUCAAAUCAGGUGUAUGCAUUAGAUGUGGAAGCUAAACAAUUGGGGGAGUGGUCCAUGCGUCACACAUUUUCUCUGCCAAGGAGAUAUCAAGAAUUUCCUGGAGAAGUCAUUGGUCUUUCUUUCCAGCCAUCCUCAACUUCAUCUUCCGUUAUUGUCUAUAGUCCAAGGGCGAUGUGCUUGAUCGAUUUUGGGAUGCCUGUUGAUAGGGAUGAUGAUACAACAGACUUGGCAAAUGGUCUGGGAUUAACAAGAAAGGUACACAGCAAUGGGGUGCUUAAGCGAAAACUGCAGGGAUUAGAAACUAAACACGGUGGUAGAAAGAACUUUGAAUUUUGUGCAUUCAGAGAUCCUGUUUUAUUUGUUGAACAUCUAUCGAAAAACUCUCUUUUGGUCAUAGACAAACCAUGGAUGCAAGUUGUUGGCACUUUCGAUGCCCAGCCUGUCCAUAGACAUAUAUUUGGAACAUAACACUCCGUUACGGGCAGGCUUCUUUCAGCGUAUUAGGCGCGAAGGCGGCGAAUGUUGCCUUCAUCAUUUUUGAUCUUGCUUCUCUUUGUGCUCUCUUUUGGUGUGGGAUGUGGGUGGGUUGAGGGUAGGCUGGCUGUCUUGACCAUGUUGUGCAAUGUAUCCUUGGUAGCUCUGUUAACAAGUUAGUUAUUCAAUGUUUAAUACAACAUUCGAUUUAGAAAGUCUUCAUUAUUUAAACGGAUUCUUUUUUUUCUA